AUGGAUCAGGAUUUGGAAGUGUUUCAGGAACAAGUUGUCACUAAAGCUUCACCACAUGAAACUGAACUUCAGGAGUUAGUGCAUCAAAUUGACAUCAUGGUAAACAGCAAGAAAGUAGAAUGGGAAAGGAAGAUGAAAGCUUUAGAAGCAAAGAUGGAUAUCCAGCAUAAAGAAUUAGCAAGUGCCCAAAGCAAACUGGAUCAAAAAGGUCAAGAGGUAGGAAUGCUUCGACAGAAACUGGAAGACUUACAAAAAAGUAAAUAUGAAAUGGCUCAGAAUUAUGAAACUCAGCUUCAAGCACUGAAAUCUCAAUUUUCAGAUUUGACAAAUAGUUAUCAAAAGCUAAAGUCACAUCAGUUAAAACAACAAAAGGUUGAAACCAGAGAAAAAUGUGAGGAAAGCCUAGAGACACCUUCUACAUUGAGCAGUUUAUACAGGCAACUGGAGGAAUUUAACACAAAAUCAGGAGAGUGGGAUAAGAAGAGGACAAUCUGCCAAAAUUAUCUCAUUUAUUUAGAUGCUCAACAAAAAUUAUUGUCUGAGAACUGUAAUUUAUUUCAGAAACAGGCCCAGAAUUAUCAAGUCCAAAUCAACAACAAGAAAGAAAACCAAGAGAAAGUUAUUACCUCUGGCCAGCCUGAAAAUGAAAAUGAAUUCAUUAUUGAAAAGCUAAAGACAACUGUGAAUGAAAUAGCAAUAAACAAAAAUAAACUGGAAGAGGAAAAUCUGAAACUCCGGGAGGAUCUAAAAAUGUACCAAAACCAGUGCCAGAAGAUGGAGGCAAGCUUUUCAGAAAUGAGAAAUGAGCUGCAGUCACGGCAUGCUCUCUGGAGAAGGAUACAAGUGGAAUGCCAGCAGUUGCAUACAGAAUUACUGAAAAUCAGAGAGUAUAAAGAUACACAGGAAGUUCAAAUAAAGUAUGUUUGGCAUCAGUCAUCUUGUAAACAACUGAGUGAAAAACUAGGAAAUAAAACCUCUGAGUUAAUAUUAUUGUCACAAAGCCAAGAACACCAACAAGAAGAGCUCAACAAGAUAAGAAACCACCUUUAUCAAGAGGAGCAGUCCCAUCACUCUGAGCAGGAAAGAAUGAAGACACAAAUCUCUGACCUGACAGAAGAGCUUCACCAGAAGGAGAUUACUAUAGCAACUAUCAUGGAGAAAGCUACUCUUCUGGAAAGACAGUUAAAAAUGGAGUUAGAGAUAAAAGACAAAUUGUUAGGAAAACAACAGAUGCUGGAUUUCCAAUACCAAGUGAUCAAAUCUGAAAACAUACAUCUAAAAGAGAUGCUGGAAAACCAGGAGUGUAAAUGUUGCACGUGUAUAGAUUUAUCUAACCAAGGACAUGGAAAUUUCAUAGCUUCCAUUCACAAGCUGGAACAUGAGAAUGUAAGAUCACAAAACAGUCCUGUUAAACUACAAAAUGACACAGAAACAUCAAUACUGGGUCUCAGGAAUCCAUGUGGAGAAACAGAGCACAACUACCAAACUCAUUCAAAGAUGCAAGAAAAGGAAGAGAGAACUUUUCAGAGGAAAGAUGCAUGGGGAAUGGACCAUCAACAAACUGCUGUGUUCACAGCCAAUGGAUACCACAGAAACCAUAGUCCUGUUUUAUAUGGCCAAGGCUGUAUCACUGGCUCAAAAAGUGAUGGCACUUCAUCUGCUUACAAACUUGGCAGAGGUCAUGAAAGGAAAAGAGAUGGUAAAUCUCCAUCACCACCUUUGGGCUUUGGUGGGCCAUUUUCUGAAGAGGGCAGAACAGACAGCUCACUGAGCUCUGCUUACAAUGCAGGAGAAAUCAAAUUACCUUCUCCCCCUGAGCUGUCCUUCCUUGAAGCAACAGAAAAGUUCCUUCAAGAGGAAGAGAAACAUACAAGAGAGUUUGAAGAACGUUUAAAUCUGCACCUUGAAGAACUGCAAAGACUUUCUGAAAACACUCUAAAAAAAUUUGCCAGGAUACACCAAAGCAGGCACACUUAA